AUGUUUAAGUACAUCAACAAAGGAUCUGAUCGGAUUACAACAGAUAUUGUCAAUGACCAAAACCAAGAUGGCACACACAAUCAGGUUCAUGAUGAAAUUAAACACUAUCUUGGUUGUCGGUAUGUGUCGGCUCCUGAAACAUGUUGGAAGAUUUUCGCAUUCCCAAUGCAUGGACGUGCACCAGUAGUUGAACGCCUUUAUUUCCACCUAGAAAAUCAACAGCCUGUUUACUGGAAAGAUAAUCAUGAAAUUGGCACAGUACUGGCUAAGAGUACAAUCAAAGAAUCAAUGUCCACAACAUGGAUGGAUUCUAAUAAAAUAUACCAUCAUGGACGAGAUCUUACUUAUGCUGAAUAUGUGUCCAAAUUUGUUUAUGAUGCCCGAAAAAGAUGUUGGAAACCAAGGAAACAAGGAAAUACUAUUGGCAGGCUCAUUUGGGUGCCCCUUUCCAGUGGAGAGUUGUUCUACAUGAGGAUGAUGCUUUCCUCUGCUAAAGGAUCACAAUGUUACAAAGAUAUUAGAACAGUAGAAAAUGUUGUCUAUCAUACAUUCAGAGAAGCAUGCUUUGCAAAAGGUUUUCUAGGAAGUGAUCAAGAAUUUGUUGGUGCCUUACAAGAAGCAAACAGUUGGGGAACUCCACACUAUCUUAGGAAGUUAUUUGUGAAGUUUCUAUUUAUGAAUACCAUGGAUAGGCCAGAAUAUGUGUGGAAACAAACUUGGCAAUGGAUGGCAGAUGAUAUUGUAUUUAAUCAUAGGAGACAAGGCAUCCAACUAACAGACAAAGAAAAAAUGCAUCUUUGUUUGACGGAAAUUGAAAACCUCCUGCAAGCCAACAGGAAAAGCCUACGAGAUUUUCCUUCAAUGUCAUACCCACUAGGAUAUGUUGUCAACCCGCACCAAAAUAAUCUCAUCUACAAUGAACUGGCUUACGACAGGGACAUAUUGGCCGCCGAAUUUGAUAAAUGCUACCAGUCGCUAACAGGUGGAGUUUAUUUUCUGUAUGGAUAUGGUGGCACAUGCAAGACAUUUGUGUGGAAAACUUUAUCAUAUGCUAUACGCUCUACUGACAACAUUGUUUUAACAGUGGCUUCAAGGGGGAUUGCCUCAAUACUAUUGCCUGGCAGUAGAACAACACAUUCUAAGUUUGCUAUUCCUGUCCCUGCAACACAAAAUUCUACAUGCAAUAUCCAUCAAGGGAGUGAUUUUGCUGAAUUGUUGCAUAUCACAAAACUCAUCAUAUGGGAUGAAGCUCCAAUGUGUCACAGAUACAGUGUUGAGGCCCUUGACAAAAGUUUACAGGACAUCAUGCACAACGGCAAUCCUUUUGGAGGAAAGGUCAUUGUUUUCGGUGGUGAUUUCCGUCAAAUACUACCUGUUGUGCCAAGAGGUAAUCGUUCUGACAUUUCUAUGCAACUCUAA